ACAUUAUCUGCUACCAUUUCGACAAGUCAUUCCUUACUUAACGUUGAUGAGGAGUGGCAAUUAUUUACCAAUCGCUGGCAAUCAACCAUCGGUGCAAUUUGCAAAGAGUUAUACAUGAUGGAACAGAUACAAGUGGAAAGCAAUGGGCCUAAAUACCCAGCGAAAGUUGCCCUGGUUACUGGUGUUAAUGGACAAGAUGGGUCUUAUUUGGCAGAAUUCUUAAUGAAUAAAGGCUACAUAGUCCAUGGGAUCAUCAGAAGAGCGUCGACCUUUAAUACUGGCCGGAUCGAACACCUAUACAGCAAUCCUAUGAUCCACAAGGAGGGGGAAAACUUCCACCUGCACUAUGGUGACAUGACUGACAGCACCUGUCUAACGAAGAUUAUAUCUGAAGUUCAGCCGGAUGAGAUUUAUAACUUGGCUGCGCAAAGUCAUGUCAAGGUGUCAUUUUCUCUCGCCGAAUACACGGCUGAUGUUGAUGGUGUUGGUGUUCUCCGUAUGUUGGAUGCCAUACGGGCAACUGGUCUUAGUAAAAAGAUCAAGUUCUAUCAAGCGUCUACCAGUGAGAUGUUCGGCUUGGUGCAGGAGGUCCCACAGAAGGAAACCACGCCAUUCUAUCCCAGAUCUCCUUAUGGAGCGGCCAAGCUGUAUGCUUACUGGAUAGUGGUGAAUUACAGAGAGGCCUACAACAUGUUUGCCUGUAACGGCAUCCUAUUCAACCACGAGAGUCCUAGAAGAGGGGAAACCUUCGUUACCAGGAAGAUCACCCGAGGUGUUGCUAAAAUACUGCUGGGCAUUCAAACCGAAGUAGUGCUGGGGAACCUCGAUGCACAGAGGGAUUGGGGGCAUGCUAAAGACUAUGUCAGGGCCAUGUGGCUGAUGCUGCAGUGUGAGAAACCGGAAGACUUUGUAAUAUCUACAGGAACGGUGUACAGUGUAAGGGAAUUUGUCAUGGCAUCAUUUAAGCAUAUUGGGGUGGAUAUUAUCUGGGAAGGUAAAGGGUUAGAAGAGGUUGGUAAAGACAGCUCGACAGGCACAGUUCGUGUGAGGGUAUCCCAGAAGUAUUACAGACCUGCAGAAGUGGAGUUCCUACAAGGAGAUAGUACAAAGGCUAAGAAUGUUCUUGGCUGGGAACCAUAUGUGUCUUUCGAAGAACUAGUUGCUGAGAUGGUAGAGGCUGAUAUUAAACUUGCCAAACAACACCUAUUCGAAUGAUUCAUCCAGCUUAAAAAAUGUUAAAUACUUUAGGCCAUAUUAUAAGUGGUAAUAAAAGCUGGUGUUGGGUAAUAUUUGUCCAAAAGACGUUUCAUAUAAGCGAGUUUGUAGAUAGAUUUUGAUUUAAAAAGAAAAGAUUUUGCAUAUAAUCAAUAAGGCCUGAAGUUUCUUCACCUUUAAAAUCGCUUUAAUUUGCAAUUAAUAGGACAUCAAAUUUAAAAUGUUGAAAUUGACUGCGCCAACUUUGACGUCGUAUAGCUCCCAAACAGCUGCUGAUGCUAGGACAUCCAAACUUGGUGACUUUUCCUAGAAUAUUGUUGUCAAUAAUUUACCCCAAAAAAAGUAUGUUUAUAAUUUUUUCUAAUGCCAUCGUAACGGAUUUUCUGAAAGGCAUAUUCGACACAAAGACAUUAAUUUUUGUUUAACAACAGGAUUGUAAGAUUUUCUUGCUGUACUAUGGGCAUUCCCAGUUUUACCGAAGAAUUUAGUUGAUGACGUAGUAAUUACGUCAUAUGACGUGCAAAAUUGGUGAUCGAAAAGUAAGCCGUUUCGAAAUUUCGACCCUCCCCCCCUGCAGGCUAGGGAUAGGGUCAACCCUAUUCAGACCGUUUUUUGGGGGGUCAUUCCUACACCAGGGGGGGGGUCUUUUGAGGCCCUCCACUUCUAAGUCCUAUAUCUCUCGAACGACGUGUCGCAUGGCCAUUAAUUUUUUAGGAAAUGAUAUACACAUAAUAUCUGACAAGUAUAAGGCGUAUGGCGUCACGAUGACGUAUUAUGACGUUAUUAUGACGUCAGUAACAGCAAGGGCAGCUAACAGAAUUAUAAUGUUUGUUAUGACUUGUGUUGCCAAUGGCACCAUCAAUGGCGUCAAAAUGACGUCAUAAAAUGACGUCAUGCACAUCUAAGUUACCAGUAGGGCUUCACCAUAUUUAUCUUGAAUUUUAAAAAAAAUACUUUUUUGCAUCGAAUAAUCACAAAAGGCAUUGGCAAUAGACUAAAUGAGUGGAUUUAGAUUUUUUUCUGAAAAAAAAACCAUGUAGUUACAAAUUGUAAGGGAUAAUAAGCUAGUUUUUCUUGAUCUUGCCAUGCUGUCCGCCAUCUUGGAUUUUGGGCUGAUGACAUCAUCAAAAAACUGCCUAUCAACAAACGGUUACCAUGGAAACACGAAAACUGGAAAAUUUGUCAAACUUGAAAUUGUUGUCAAUAAUAUUUUAGGAAAACUUACAAAAUUUGGUGGCUUUAGCAUAAGCCGUUCUGUCGUUAUAGGACAUCAAAGUUGGCGCAGGCCUCACCCCCCCCUCCCGCCCGGUCUGAAUAAGGUUAAAGGUGUUCGACAAAGAUAUGACGAAACUUGGUUUAAAAAAAGAUGUUAUACCGUCAAUAAAGAAAUGAUCAAUCAAGUUUUAUUUUGACCCGUGACGUCAUCAAAUUAGCAUAAUUUAUGACAAUGUUUUCAUAAAUGUAUACAUGAAAUUACACAGAAUGUUAAUAAUAUACAAAACAGCAGUAAAAUAUGCCUUUCAGAAACCUGUUGCGAUGGCAACGCAAGUAAAUUACAAGCUCAUGUUUUUUUUUACAGAAUUGUUGUCAACGAUAUUUUUGGAAAAUGAUUCGUAGUACUAGCAGAUGUCGUUCGGCAGAUAUACGACGUCAAAGUCGGCGCGGUCACUUCUAGCUCCUUCCCCAUUGUCUAAAUAGUGUUAUUGUUUUCGAAUUUAUGAGCACCUAUCGUAUUUAGGGUGAAGAUUGUUUAACUUCCUUGUACUGUUAUUAUGAAAUUCUUGACCUGUAGCUAUAGCGAACUUGGAGUCAAAUUAAAACACAGGAACAAUUGUUAAUUAUACAUGGGUAUAAAAGUUAGCUUGUUUGCAUCAUAUACGAACGGUGCAGAGGGAAAUGUGUAAGAGAAAAAAUAAGUAUAAAAUCCCAAAGGAAGAGGUAAUGAUUAACUUGAAAGUAAGUGGGUAUAGCAAGUUACAAUGUGCUACACCUGGAUAUAUUGGACCACAGUAUAAUAAAGUAAAUUUUUGAAAAGUAA